AUGGGCGUGGCGGGGCCGCGCCAUCCAGUGGGCAUGGACGUGUCGCUGCCGCGCGCUUCCUCCUCCGCCAACCUUGCCGCGCAUAUGAGCGCUUCUGCUGCGCCUUCCGCUGCAGCACUGCGCGGUGAGGGCGAGGGGCAGCGGGAAGCCGCGGGAGUAACGGUUGCGGGCGGCGAGGGGGCGAGAUUCAGCCGUUUGCGGACGCCCUCCCCCGAUGCGCGCGCGCCUGCAGCAGCGGAGGCAAAAUCUCUCAUGGGAGAGAGCGGGGCAGUGGGGCAAAAGGGGAGGAAGAGGGGAGCGGAGUGGAGGAGGGGGGAGACGUGCCAGGGGGCGCCACAUCGCCGCCUCGCCUACUCAGCAAGUAACCACCGCCCCAUCGCCGCCACAUCGCUGCAUCUCCCCGCUGUCCUUCUCUCUCCCCCCUGUCCUUCUCUCUCCCCCCUGUCCUUCUCUCUCCCCCCUGUCCUUCUCUCUCCCCCCUGUCCUUCUCUCUCCCCCCUGUCCUUCUCUCUCCCCGCUGUCCUUCUCUCUCCCCCCUAUCCUUCUCUCUCCCCGCUGUCCUUCUCUCUCCCCCCUAUCCUUCUCUCUCCCCACUGUCCCCCUCUCUCCCCCCUAUCCUUCUCUCUACCCCCUGUCCUCCUCUCUCCCCACUGUCCUCCUCUCAUUCCGUCUUUCGCUCUCGCUUCCUUCCCCCGUCGCCCAUGUGCAUUCCCCUCCCCUCCCUGCAGUCGUCGCCUUCGUCUCCCGCCUCCCCGCCUUUUCAUUCCCUCACCCUAUGCUUCACCUAUAGGUUCCCUCCCUUUUCAGUCGACUCAAAAGCCUAUAGCGCACGAGACAGAGGUGACGGAGCGGAGCGGGGCGCUGGACGAAUGCGCAGCUGGCGGUGAAAAAGCUGCAUUGCACUUUGAGGCACCUUCUAUCCCCACUUUCUCCGUCCUUCACCUCUCCUCCCCCGUUCCCCUCCUUCCUUGCCCCCACAAUGGACCCAUCGUUCAUCUGUCCAUGGCGCACAUGCUUGCGCUGCUGCAUGUCCCCUUCCCCCCCUCCUCGCCCUCCGCGGCCAAGGGGAACGCGGAGGAGGGGGAGGUGGAGGGGGAAGGCGUAAGGAAGUAA